AUGCCCGUAAAGCGCAAGACGUUGGAGAAGGGCCGGAAGGCCAAGUCGCUGGCAACCAAACCUUUGGAAGGCAGUGCUGCCUUCAAGGAGGUAGACUCUGCCAGCACCGGUCUCGACAGCAAGUUGCUGCAGGACUAUGUGAAGGAAAUGCGGCAAGUGGUGCGAAAGGGCAUCAUCUCGGGCUGCGUCAGCAUUGCCUACCACAAGGACCAGGUAGUUCUAGCAGAUGCCGUGGGCAUGGCAGACGUCGAGCGGGGCACCCCUUUCUCAUUCGAUACAUACUGCCGAAUGUACUGUGCAACCAAGCCAUUCAUUGCCAUCGCCGUGUUUCGGUUUGCAGAAGAUGGCAAGUUGGACUUGAACGAUCGUCUGGAUAAGUAUAUUCCCGAGUUUGGCAAGGUCUUGGUUCAGCCAGAAGGUGCAGAUGCCCCUGUUGAGACGAAACGCCCGAUACUGCUGAAACAUUUGCUUUGCCACUGCUCAGGAAUUGCAUAUGCCCCGGACGUGGGCGAAACAGUUGAGGAUGAGAGUUCGAGGGCUUACCUCCAGCUGCAGCAAGACGUGCAGCAGAAGAGGAUCAAGACUCUAGCUGAAUUUGCCCGGGGCAUUGCCAGGGUGCCUCUCUCAGAUCAUCCAGGGAAUUCCUAUUGGUACGGCUUUUCCUUUGAUGUGUUGGGACGAGUCCUGGAAGUUGUUGGAAAGAAGAGGCUGGACAAGGUCCUGGCUGAGACCGUUUUCCGCCCCUUGGGCAUGAAGCACACAAAGUGGGCGGUGCGCAGGGACGAACUGCCUAAGCUUGCGGCCUGCUACGCUCACAAGCCGACAUGGAAGAAGCUGUACGGCCAUGUCAAGGGUCGCACUCCAAGCGCUGUUCGCCCAAGCCUCGUCCGCAUUGAUGGAAACAAGGCGCGCGACAGCCACUGGUUGAAAGGGAAAGAGUGUAGAGUACAAUCUGGCGGUGGCUUCAUGGGCUACCUCUAUGGCGGCUUAGUCAGCACAGUCGCCGACACAGCGCGGUUUGUCCGCAUGCUGAUGCAUAAAGGCAAGCUGGAUGAUGGACGGAGGUUUUUGAGCCCAUCGUCAGUGACAGCAUUGGAGAAAAAUCGUAUGAAGGAAGGUGUUGAUCCAGUCAAUUACCUGGGCAAUAUCGGAACUUACCGAAAGAAUGGCACAGAAUAUGGGAUGGGUGGUGCUGCAUGUACAUACUGGUCCAUUGACAGGGCGGACGAGACCGCGACUAUUUGGUUCACUCAGCACGUGGACAUGCCUGAGGUCGCAGACAUGAAAGGGAUUAACACAAAGAAAGCAGAUCUUUGGGACGUGUUGCACCGGGCGGUUGUCAAAGGCUCAAAGUCAUCCAAUGCACACCGGUCAGCCAAGCGUGCUAGAUCAGAAUGA